ACUAACAAUAAGAUUAACGAUAGCCGUUAAAACUGUGCGACGAUUCGCGAUCUAAUUUUAGUGGGCCAACGGGUGGGAGAAUCGUCGUGUUACCAACCCCCUUUCACGGGCGCUCAAUGCUACGCGGCAAAUACACAGAAUACAUAGAAAAAUACACAUUCUAUUGACUAUCAAAUGAAUAGUCAAUUCAAAGGCAAUAGUUAUUAACGAAUCGUUCGCUGUCACGAACGUAAGUUUCCCACGUUAGUUUUAUUAUUAGACAUAUUAUAUCAACUACCAGUCAAAAAGUUAGAUUGUUCUAUUUAAAAGAAGUUCACCAAUGAACCUAAAGCGAGAUUCCCUACGACGCGUUGCGUCGUUUAUCUAUUAGGGUUGCUUCAGCUAAUAGAGGAAACAUUAUUCGCGCGCCAAGUUAUUAUCUAGAGUGUUAUUAAUACGAUAGAUCGAAAUCGUUGAAAUUCGGACCUGAGUUCUGUGAAUCAAACGUAAUCUCGUUGGAGAAUAGAAGGAAGUCCGUUCGACAGGUGGUCGAAAAAGUUGGAUCGCGUUAGCGACGGGCGCGUCUAUCGCCUUUCAUAUUCUUUCUCGAUGAACGUUCCCCUCUUCCCAAUGCCACCGAUCUUCGGUGGCGCCGCAACGUCCGUCAGUGAUGUCUACGACGUCGCCGCCUCGUCUGACGUGGUAACGCACAGCAGCGAAUUAGAACGACGACAUGCAGCAACCGUCGCAGGCAAUGCUCCCUCAUAUUUGGAAUUUAGAAAAAGUCCCGUUGUUCGCGGGAAAGGAUAUCGUCGUGUCUCAAGAAACAUUGUUCAUCCGAAGAGAACAACAAUUACGAAGAAGGCGCGCCGACGUUGCGUUACCACCGAAUUUCGCCUAAAAAUGACCGAACCUAGAGAUAAGGAUGAAGACGAAGAGGACAACGACGACGACGACGACGACGACGUUGUUAUUUGCGCCGAUACUUCGACCAUACCAAGGGAAAUUUCGUCUUGGGUACAAAACAGCGUGCAUCACGAUAAAGCAACUAAAUCUAUAGCGUUACAAACGGCAGUAAGGGUACCUUUACGACUAAGAUUCUUACCAUCUCUCGAGGACAUCAUCGAUGAAAAUGAUCCUGCAUCUGCCAGUCCAAAAUCUUCUGUCAUUUGGAAACAUUUAAGAUUUUUAGGACGUCUGUUGCUCUCUCAAUUCGGUAGGAACAUCAUUUGUUCCCCAUUUUAUUCGUCCGAAUUUGACGGUAAACAAUAUCGACGACUCGUAUGGUUGUUGAGCAUAUGGGCAAUAGCCGGAGCUGCAGCCUUUUGCGCUACGGAAGGACCACGUGAACGUGAACAGGUUGUAGAAUUAAAGGAUAUGCAGAAAGAUCUUGCAGUUGGCUUAGCCACUGAAUUGCGUCAACUACGUACGGAAAAAGAGGAAGACAUGGAACCCCUAUGGAGCGGCAAGGUGCGUCAAUAUGUUGCAAAACACGAGCAACUUCUUCUAGCAGCUGUAAACUCUGGGUACGGUGAAACCAACGACGGUGGUCAACUUUGGACCUUCCCCGGUUGCGUGCUCUUCGCUGUAUCACUUCUCACCACUCUGGGUUUUGGGGCACCGGUUCCACGCACGAAUGCUGGCCGUACCGCGGCCAUCGUAUUUGCAGCCAUUGGUAUCCCAGUGCAUUUUCUCUUAAUCAUGAACGUCGGUAUUUUACUAGCAGUCAGACUGCAAGAGUAUGCAAUUAGAAAAACAUCCAAUAAGGAUUUACGAGAUCCUAUAGAAAUUUCUUGUUCCCCACGACCAGUACCCAAGUGGGUCAAAUUCGUCCCCUUUCUUUGUAUCGGGGGUUAUUACAUCCUCGGGGUUUUAUGUUUCGGCAUAGCCAGAUCAAGACCAUUGGCAGCGAGCGUCUUAUUUCCUUUAGAUUUCACAGCAGCCGGUGGACUUUCGACAACGUGCGGUUAUGUGCGUGUCUUUUAUGCGAUAUAUUUGGAAGGUGCUGUCAUUAUAGCAGCAGUAGCUGUCGCCGUUCUUAGAGUAUCGGCUACUCAGAGUUUGACCAAUAUCGGUCUAAGGUAUGGUUUACUCACUGAAGCCUGAUCAAUAAAAAGAAAAAAAAAGAAAAGAACAUUUUGACCGGUUUGGUUCGCGUAUUGCAAACUAAGUAUAUCCUACGUGAUUCUAUAAGAAUUCGUA